AGUAUUCUUGUUUGGUAAAAGAAGUGGUUCAUUCGAUUUGUAUAUGUAGUACAUUCUUCACCCCACAAUUAAUAAAAAGUCAGCACAAAAUCCCAGAUCAUAUCUUCCGCAUCGGUUCUCACAAAGACGAGCGAAACGAGCGGCAAGGCUGCAACUUUGUGACCCACACACCGGCCACCGCUACUACCGCGACCGCGCCCUGGCCGGCUUCCUCUGCGUCUGUCCGCCACCGCCGCACUACCCAGCCAGGGCAAACUGCAAUACUUCACUGCACAAGCAUUUGUCUAACAAUGCCAAGGAUCCAAAUAUGAAGCUUCCACGUCUACCAAUUACCACUCUGGUAAGGACAACAGGAAAAUGACAUUGGCCUAAUGCUCUUGGAAAGUUGAGGACACAAGGGAAGGUGAUCCGAUUUCCUCCCUGCUCUUUCCUUGGCCAAUUCCCAUAGCAAAACGUCUAACAGAAAUGCCUGCUAGCGACAGCUUCCAAGGCGUAUCGAACUGUUAUGUAUUUAAAAGUCGACUGCAAGAGUAUGCCCAGAAAGUUGGACUUCCAACUCCUGUCUAUGAGACGAUCAAGGAAGGACUUCCUCAUGAACCCACUUUUCGGUCUACCGUGGUGGUGAACGACAAAAGAUAUGAUUCUCUGCCCGGAUUCUAUAAUCGCAAGGCAGCAGAGCAGUCGGCUGCUGAAGUUGCUCUCCUGGAGCUAUCUCGGGUUGGUGAUAUGAAAGAGUGCAUUUCACAGCCUGUUCAUGAGACAGGCUUGUGCAAAAACCUCUUACAAGAAUAUGCACAAAAGAUGAAUUAUGCCGUCCCUUUAUAUGAGUGCACAACAGUGAAAGGAAUGGGCAAUCAUGCUUUCUAUACAUGUACUGUUGACAUUGGAGGAGUCAAGUACAUCGGGGGACACUCGAACACAAAAAAAGGAGCAGAGCUAAAAGCCGCAAGGACCGCUCUAUUGGCCAUUGAGUCGGACUCUUCCAAGUCCAACAACAACAAUGUCCCCACCACUGACCACCCCACAUAUACUGUUGUCCCCCUUAAGAAAAAAGUGACAGAUCCUAUGGGAAUAAGCCACCAGGAGACAGCUGCUUCUCUCAAGCCUAAGAAAAGGGGCCGUAAGAAGGCAAGUGGUAGAGGUGGUCGGUUCAAAAGGAGGAAAUCCGACAAAAGAAAUGACAAGAGCGACAUCCUUUCCAACAUAAAGACCAGUGAUGAUAUUGUUGCUAAUAAGGUGGGUUCGGAGUCAGGUGCCACCAUUUUGCAAGUAACGGGAAAUUUAGGAGGCGGAGGUUCGAUUUUGGGGCUCGAGCAUGUGAAUCCAGUCAUGGUCUGCCCUACACUGUGUGAGAGAGAACCUCAAAAUGAUGGCGGGACAAGCACUUCUCUGUGGAUGUAUGAUCAAGAUUGAUCAUAAUCAUUUUGAUAGUUUUAAAAUUGGUCAAGCCUGUACUACUAAACUAGAUGAUCAUUAGGUGCAUGCUAAUUUAUCCCCUCUAAAACUUUCAUCCUUCAUUUGUUUCGCAAAGUGCUACUGAAUCUACUGAUCAUAACAUUCAAGAACAAAGAUUUUCACUUCAAUCCGAAUCACCUCCGUAUCUAGCCCUCCCUAGAAUGGUAGUGGUAAGGCUGGUCCUUGUUCCAAUCUCGGAACCGGACUGGGAUUGGAUGGAUAAAGAAUUGGGCCUGUUGUCCAUUUUUGUUUGCACAAUUGCACCGGAGCUGGUGUCUGGUUUUACGGUUUUACCUGGUUUAGGUUCGCCCAAAGUAGGUCCAGUCUUGACAGAUUCCAGUUCCGUAUUUUUACCAGUUAUCUGAACAUAUGUUAACAUUUUUUUGGGAAUCGGAAACAGUGUGAUCCCGACUGGACUCUCUUUGGAAUGUGGGACACAAACAAGAAUGGGUUCAUUCCUGGUUGGGAGAAGAUUUAAAUCAUGUCGUUCUU